CGCACAGAAACUCUGCUUGUUGUGUGUGCACACGUCUGUUUCACCUGCAUGUGUGUGUUUGUAUGUUUUUUGUGCUCUGCGUGCGGCUGCAGUGUUUCCAGCUGAUUAUGAUGAUGGUGUGUGUGUGUGUGUGUGUGUGGACAGAGGACAUGAGCGUUGUUGUGUGUUUAGCAUAUCAAUGGCGUCCAGGGCCCCGACGACUGUUGCAGAAGCACUCUGAGCUUUCCAGCAGCUGUCGGCUCAACUCGACUUGCUGUAUUUAAGGGGCUUUCUUGUUGCCUCGCAGAGCUGACAUGAACAUCUUUACUAAGGUCCCAGGAUUAGCCCAACAAACCAGCAAGCUGGGGUCUGUGCUCCAACGCGCCUUCUACGGGUCCGGUGGGAGGGUGACCCUUUUCGAGCAGCGGAACUUCGCCGGCCGACGGCUGGACCUGAGUUCUGACUGCAGCAGGCUCAACGACAGGAGCUUCCCGGAGAGAUGUAACUCUGUGCAGGUGGAGGGCGGAGCAUGGGUUGGUUACGAGCAUGAGAACUUCCGGGGCCGUCAGUACCUGUGGGACAUGUCCGAGCGGGGAGAGUACAACUGCUACGACAAGUGGUGCGCUCAGGGGGACCACGUGUCCUCCGUCCGAGCUGUCAAACAGGACAACAACCCCGCCAGAGCUCAGCUGUUCGAGCGAGCCGGCUUCUCUGGAAAGAAGAUGGAGAUCCAGGACGACAUUCCCAACCUGAUGAGCCGUUACAGCCUCAACAGAGUGGCGUCCAUCCGCGUGCUGGGAGGAGCGUGGGUGGUGUAUCAGGAGCCGAACUACAGAGGACCUCAUUACAUCCUGGAGAAGCGAGAUUACAACAACUUCUCUGACUGGGGCAGCCAGAACAACACGGUGGGCUCCAUGCGUCGAGUCCGCUUCAGCUGAACUCCACCGCUGAUCCAGUCCAGUCAGCAGGACCCCCACCCACCAUCACACACAUGAAAGCUGUCAG